AGGGAGCGCCUUCCGGGUGCCCCGGCGCCCUUCCGCCUCCUCCCCCAGUGGCGGCUCGCUUCCUUCCCGGUAACGGACUCGGCGGAGGCGCCGCCCGGGAUGGCCGCGGAGGCUUGAGGGCAAGGCGGCGGCGGCGGCGGCGGCGGCGGCGGGAUGGAUCCUGUCGGGCCCGGCGGGGGCGCCGGCGGGAAGCCGAACCUGCAGGUGGUCUACCAGGCCGUGCAGGCGCUCUACCACGACCCAGACCCCAGCGGCAAGGAGCGCGCCAGCCUCUGGCUCGGGGAGCUCCAGCGCUCGGUUCACGCCUGGGAGAUCUCGGAUCAGUUGCUGCAGAUCCAGCAGGAUGUGGAGUCUUGCUACUUCGCAGCCCAAACCAUGAAGAUGAAAAUCCAGACCUCGUUCUAUGAGCUCCCAACUGAUUCGCACGUCUCACUCCGUGACUCCUUGCUUUCCCACAUCCAGAACUUGAAAGAUAUGUCCCCCGUCAUUGUCACCCAGCUUGCAUUAGCCAUAGCAGACCUUGCCUUGCAGAUGGCCUCUUGGAAGGGCUGUGUGCACACCCUGGUUGAAAAGUACAAUAAUGAUGUGACAUCCCUGCCCUUCUUGCUGGAGAUCCUCACAGUGUUACCAGAGGAAGUCCACAGCCGGUCCUUGCGCAUUGGCGCCAACCGCCGCACCGAGAUCAUAGAAGACUUGGCCUUCUACUCCAGUACGGUGGUCUCUCUACUGGUGACUUGUGUGGAGAAGGCGGGUAAUGAUGAGAAGAUGCUCAUCAAGAUCUUCCGAUGCCUGGGCAGCUGGUUCAACCUGGGCGUUCUCGACAGCACCUUCAUGGCCAACAGCAAGUUGCUCUCCCUGCUCUUUGAGGUUCUGCAACAGGACAAGACGUCAUCCAACCUGCACGAAUCAGCGUCAGACUGCAUCUGCUCUGCUCUCUACGCCAUUGAGAAUGUGGAGACCAACCUCCCCCUAGCACUGCAGCUCUUCCAGGGCGUUCUUACACUGGAGACAGCUUACCACAUGGCAGUGGCCCGCGAGGAUUUGGACAAGGUCCUCAACUACUGCCGGAUCUUCACAGAACUCUGUGAGACAUUUCUGGACAAAAUUGUUUGCACCCCAGGCCAUGGCCUGGGGGACCUGCGGACUAUAGAGCUGCUCUUGAUCUGUGCAGGACACCCUCAAUAUGAGGUGGUGGAGAUUUCCUUCAACUUCUGGUACCGGCUGGGGGAGCACCUGUACAAGACGGAGGACGCCAUCAUCCACAGUAUUUUCAAGGCCUACAUUCAGCGGCUUCUCCACGCGCUGGCUCGGCACUGUCAGCUGGACCCCGACCACGAAGGGAUCCCCGAGGAGACAGAUGACUUUGGAGAGUUCCGGAUGAGAGUGUCAGAUCUCGUAAAGGACUUGAUCUUCCUGGUUGGCUCUGUGGAGUGCUUUGCCCAGCUUUACGCCACUUUGAAAGAGGGCAACCCUCCCUGGGAAGUGACGGAGGCGGUCCUCUUCAUCAUGGCUGCGAUAGCCAAGAGCGUUGACCAAGAGAAUAACCCAACGCUGGUGGAAGUGCUGGAUGGGGUGGUGCGCCUUCCCGAAGCCGUGCACACGGCUGUGCGCUACACCAGCAUCGAACUGGUUGGAGAAAUGAGUGAAGUUGUGGACAGGAACCCCCAGUUCCUCGAUCCAGUCCUUGGCUAUUUGAUGAAGGGCCUGUGUGAGAAGGCUCUGGCCUCGGUUGCCGCCAAGGCCAUCCACAACAUCUGCUCGGUGUGCCGGGACCACAUGGCCCAGCAUUUCAGUGGCUUGCUGGAAAUCGCCCGUUCCCUCGAUUCCUUCAUGCUCUCACCAGAGGCAGCUGUCGGACUCUUGAAAGGGACAGCAUUGGUGCUCGCCAGGCUUCCCCUGGAGAAGAUCUCGGCAUGCCUCAGUGAACUUUGUGCCGUUCAGGUGAUGGCCCUGAAAAAGCUGCUGAAUCAGGAGCCGAGCAACGGCCUCUCCUCAGACCCCACGGUGCCCCUCGAUCGCCUUGCCGUCAUAUUUAGGCACACCAACCCUAUUGUAGAAAACGGACAGACACAUCCAUGCCAAAAAGUCAUCCAGGAGAUUUGGCCAGUGCUGUCGGAGACUUUGAACAAACAUCGUGCUGAUAACCGCAUCGUGGAACGCUGCUGCCGGUGCCUGCGUUUUGCCGUCCGUUGCGUUGGCAAGGGAUCAGCAGCCCUUCUGCAGCCGCUGGUCACCCAGAUGGUGAGUGUGUACCAGGAGCACCAACACUCCUGCUUCCUCUACCUGGGCAGCAUCCUUGUGGACGAGUACGGAAUGGAGGAGGGGUGCAGGCAGGGGCUGCUUGACAUGCUGCAGGCCCUGUGCGUCCCCACCUUCAGGCUGCUUGAGCAACCCAAUGGCCUCCAGAACCACCCAGACACUGUGGAUGACCUCUUCCGGCUGGCCACCAGGUUCAUCCAGCGCAGCCCACUCACCCUCCUGCGCAGCCAGGUGAUCCUCCACAUCCUGCAGUGGGCCAUUGCUGCCACCACCCUGGAUCACCGGGACGCCAACUGCAGUGUCAUGAAGUUCCUGCGUGACCUUGUCCACACCGGCGUGGCCAACGAUCACGAGGAGGACUUCGAGGCGCGCAAGGAGCUCAUUGGGCAGGUGAUGGCCCAGCUGGGGCAGCAGUUGGUGAGCCAGCUCCUGCAGACCAGCUGCUUCUGCCUGCCUCCUUACACCCUACCAGAUGUGGCCGAGGUGCUGUGGGAGAUCAUGCAGGUCGACAGGCCGACGUUCUGCCGCUGGCUGGAGAACUCACUGAAAGGGUUACCGAAGGAAACCACAGGGGGAGCCGUUCAGGUGACCCACAAGCAGCUGACGGACUUCCACAAGCAGGUCACCAGCGCUGAGGAGUGCAAACAAGUUUGCUGGGCUCUGAGGGACUUUACAAGACUCUUCCGGUAGCUGGGGCCUCUUUCGUUCUGCCUGUCCCAGGAAUGUCUUAUUUUCAGAAGAGGAAAUAAAACAGCCAAGACGGUGAACCACAGCCAGCAAACUUCACUGCGGCCGAAGGCUCCGACUCGCUCCGGUGUGUCCUGCCAAUCCAGAAGAGACGCUUUGCUGCAAGAACGAGUCGGUGAAGUUCCUGUUUGUGAGUGAGAAAGAGAAAGGCAGAAAAGGGGGGGGGGUCCGAGCGCCACUUACCUGCGACUGUCGAGGGCUGCUGCGUUGUGGGGGGAGACGGGAGACGAGCUUUCCGGAUGGACUUGCUUUGAAAAAGAGAAAACAAAAAGGAAAAGAAUAAUAAUAAGUUUUUUAAAAAAUCUGCAAAAAUACGAAACAAUAAAAAGCUAAUUUGCUUGGCAGCAAGAUUUAAAAAGGGGGGAGAAGUGAAAAGUUAAAAAAAAUUUCUGUGAAAUGAAAAUAAAUUUUACUUAAAGAUCCAUGGGGAUUAAAAAUCUAUCCACCCACACCAGGAGUCUGCCUUGCAGGGUUGGCCAUGAGAAUUUCGCCUUUUGUUUGGGGCAAGUUCACUUUCCGGGGUGAUAGCAGCUCAACCUCCCCUCGAGGCCCCGAAGGGAAGAUUGCUGGAAGCCGGGAGCUGCGGUGGAGCCCCGCCCCGUGCCUGGGUGGGCGGGAUGCGGCCAUGGCUCUUCCCCUUCCCAUCCACAGGAAAGAAGGGAAGGUCCUGCGGCCUCUCCGAGCCCAUCAAUGUGCUGGCUUAUUUCGAUAAACUGUUACUUUAUUUUAUAUAUAUAUAUAGAUAUAUAGAUAUUUAUAUAUAUAUAUAUACACACACACACAUAUUCAUUCAUUCAUUCAUUCUUUAAGCUGAUGUUUUUUUUCUGAGAAUUUGGUUUAAAUAAACCUGUUUGGGAAUUUUUUUACUGUGGGAGGGAGGGGUUCUGGAGAGGAUCGGGGCAGGCAGAUCGUUUUGUGAAAGCAACCCAGCGACAGGGCCGGAUGCCAACGCGAAGGCAGGAGGGAGGGCCGUUCCAUCGGGCGGGGCAGCCCUCUUGAGAACAAGGGGGGAAAAAAACACAAAAAGAAAUAAAAAACAGACAAAACAGUUGAACGGUA